AGAGCGCGCGUGUCAGCGAUUUGAAGUCCAUUCAGGGCAUGAAGUGGCCCAUGCUGCAUUUCGCAAUCGAUGAUUUGCAGGCGGCAAUUCGGGCCGGUCUUGCCUGCAAGCAUCCACCUGACCUGCCCCGCUACCUCACCCUCACCAAGGAACAAGAGGAUGAGAUGGCGCUGCGUGUGGCUGUUGCGAAUGCGUAUCUUCAACAGCGCGCCAACGAACUUGACACUGCCCUCGCAGCACUCCUGCCCUGGGAGGAUCGAGGGAUGCUUGGACCAUGGCUCAUGGCGUUGGACGACGUCGACGUCAACGCACUGGCACUCGCGAAGGGCUGGCGAUACGACGUGUGUGGACAUGUGCUCUGCGCAUAUCGACGUGGUGACCUCAACCUCUCAAUCACACCAGUCGCCGCCGCCACCACCACCAUCACCACCACCGCCACCGACGCUCAACAGUCAUGACACACCAUCAAACAUAUAUUUGGUGACCAAGAAGCAUGCUAAGCAAGACUGCCCACCACUGUCACCCCUAUCCAUCCCCAUUGUCACUCACCAUCACACCAUCAAUAAGCGCGAAAGUGGCCGGUAUGGUUGUAUAUCGCUUUCAAUAUCACCCAUUGUCA